AAACGAUGCCCAUCUCUGACGACUAUAAUUAGGUUUUCUUUGUCACCAACAAUCACACACACAUCAAUAACAUUGCUAAUUUACACAAUAGGUUAAUCGGUGGGUGGGGGGUCUCUUCUCAUCUUUCUCCAAUAUCACAAGCUCUGGAGUUAGGCCUUUGCCCUCCUGUGGCUACCCGAAGGUUAUGCCGUUUACCCUACAGUUUGAAAAGGUUUUAAUUUCCUCUGAGACAUGGAGCAAACAUGCCCUUGGUCAGAUUGUUUCAAGAAUCAGGCUUUCUCAUUCCAAAAAGUGCUCGAUUGGCGUUCUCUCAUCCCUAGAUGUUUUCUUCUUGUUUCCUUUGUUAACUGCACCUAGUGAGCAUCCUCCUGUCUACAGGCGUAAUGCAAGUUUGUUAUGAGAUAGGUGUUGGAUCUUUAGUCAACAUUGACAAUGCACUUCCAAUACAGUAAUCACUUUUAAAUCUUCCAAGAUCAUCUACUGAGGGCUGAACUUUGUAUGUACAUGAUGAAUUUUGCAUUCACUGUUAAUUACUAGAUGAGAUACUCUUUAGCAACACUCCUCUUUUCUAAUGGGUACCAACUAGAUUUACAAAAACAUUGGCUGAAGAUUUUGCAACAGAAUCCAUAGGGGUAAAAAAGUCAUCGUCAAGAUUUCUUUUUUGGGUACGAAUAUAAGCUUAAGCAUAUCAAGAUGCCCUUCACUUCUCACUUCUUAUUGCUUUCUAUGCCUUUAGAAAAUCUGGGCAUCAUCGAUCCGGUGUCCAUAAAUAAAACUUUCCAUCAGAAGCUUUUCACUCUUCUUUUGCUCAUGCAUCAAGAAAGUUGAUGCUGGAAAGUUUAUUAUUAUAUUAUUAUCUAGUUUCUUCUUCUUCUUGUUCUUCUUCUAUAGUUGUCUAGAGAUUAAGUCCAUUGUUCCUUCUUCUUGUUCUUCUUCUAUGUUUGUGUCUGUUCUUCGUAAAUAAAGGUGCUUCUAGCAGUUGCAUACCCAAAAAUGGAAAGGUACAAGGUAAUCAAGGAAGUUGGUAAUGGAUCUUUUGGGGUUGUUUGGAGGGCGUUGAAUAAACAAAAUGGUGAAGUGGUUGCGAUUAAAAAAAUGAAGAGGAAGUAUUAUUCAUGGGAAGAAUGCAUAAAUCUGAGAGAAGUAAAGUCACUUCGUAAAAUGAAUCAUCCAAAUAUUGUGAAGCUGAAGGAAGUGAUCAGAGAAAAUGACAUCUUAUACUUUGUGUUUGAGUACAUGGAAUGCAGUCUUUAUCAACUUAUGAAAGAUAGACUGAAGCUUUUUUCAGAAACUGAUAUUAGAAAUUGGUGCUUCCAAGUUUUUCAAGGUCUUGCUUAUAUGCAUCAACGUGGUUUCUUCCAUCGUGAUCUUAAGCCUGAAAACUUUCUUGUUUCUAAGGAUGUAAUAAAGAUAGCUGAUUUUGGUCUUGCUCGUGAGAUUGUCUCCCAACCACCAUACACCGAGUAUGUUUCAACCCGCUGGUAUCGUGCCCCUGAGGUUCUUCUUCAGUCACCAACAUAUGGUUCUGCAGUUGAUAUGUGGGCGAUGGGAGCAAUCAUGGCUGAACUAUUUACUCUCAGACCACUUUUCCCAGGUUCAAGUGAAGCAGAUGAGAUUUAUAAAAUUUGCAAAGUGAUAGGAAGCCCAACAGAAAGCUCAUGGGCUGAAGGGCUUGAGCUUGCAACUACUGUCAAUUAUCAAUUUCCAGAGCAGCUUGCAGGCGUAAAUCUCUCUGCACUCGUACCAUCUGCAAGCAAAGAUGGAGUCAAUCUGAUUUCAUCACUAUGUUCUUGGGAUCCAUGUAAGAGGCCAACAGCCAUGGAAGCUCUUCAGCAUCCUUUCUUUCAGAAUUGUUACUAUGUUCCUCCUUCUCUUCGCCCUAAAUCCACCAUUGCUAAAACACCUCCAUCUGCUGGCUUAACUACAAAAAGAGCUGUGGAACAGAAAUGUGCCAAGAAAUAUCCUCUACCCAAUUCAAAGCCAAAUAUCACUCCAUCCGCCAAAAUGCAUUCAUCUCUAAAUUCAGAAAAAACAGGUGUGCAACGAAGACUGGAAUUGAAUCGACAAGAUGGAGUAAAUGAAAAGACAAAUAAGAUCUCAUCUUCCACCAAGCAACAACCAAAAUAUCAGCCACCCAUUAAAAACAAUAUUAAUAAUCCAAGAGUAGGGGGGGUAUAUAUGGGAAAAGGAAGAGUUGGUGAAACAGGUGAAAAAUUUGGAAAUAUGACGAUUGGAAGUGGAAGAGGGAAACCUUCACCACCAGCAAUGAAGGCUGGAAUGGCAAAUGGUAGUAGAUCCGAUUUGUUUUCUGGAAGGUCACAGGGGUAUAGUAGCAAGGUGGCAGGAUAGCCAUAUUGACAUAUUUACCCCUUUGGUCUUGUAAUGUGUUUGGGGUUCAAAGGUCAUCUCUGGAAAUAAGUGGUUUGGUUUUUAUGUUUUAGAACUGUCGUGUCGUGUGUCUUGUUGGUUCUGUAUUUUCUAUAUGAAAUUAUGUUUGAAUAUGGUUUCAAAACAAGAGAAUUUAAAGGUUUAGAAAAUAUUAUUAUAUGAAGGGAAUAAUAAUAAUUAAUCUUCACUCUUUACCAAAUAAGUGAAGAAAGAGAUUUAUAUGUUUGUCUA